CCCGUGCAACCUCACAGGAACGGGAACUCUAAUCGCGGCACUCUCGCGAUAGGUGGUACACCGACACUGGGCGCUUCGAGAGGAGAGAGGGGAAGGAGGUGCGAGGGAGAGGGAUUGGUGGGCUUGCUGCUGUGGUAACGGGGCUCGGUUGGGGCACCUGCUCCGAGUGCCUCCUUCCUCUCCCUCAAGAUGGCGGCGGUGGGGGCCGGGGGAGUGAACCCCUUUCUCAGCGAUUCUGAGGAGUCCGACCCAGAGGAGACCAGGGCGGGCGGCGGCGGCAGCAGCAGUAGCGACCCGGGUGGUUCAGCCGCUCCUCUCCGGAUCCCUUCCUCCUCCUCUCCACCCCAGCAGCAGCAGCAGCUGCCGCCGCCGCAGCCUCCUCUGCAGGCCGAGGAGCCGCCCCGGGUGCCGGUGGACGCUCUGGCGGCUCAGCUGCUACGAGACCAGUUCGUCCUGACCGCGUUGGAACUCCACACGGAGCUGCUGGAGAGCGGCCGGGAGCUGCCCCGCCUCCGCGACUACUUCUCCAACCCGGGCAACUUCGAACGGCAGAACGGAGGCGGUUCUGGAACCCCGGCACCGACCCCGCCCGCCUCAGCAGCCCCGGGGAUGUUGGCGGUGGUUGGAGGGAGCAAGGAGCCCGGCACCGGACAGCUCCACCGAGCUGGAAGCAUUAGCACUCUUGACUCUUUGGACUUUGCAAGGUAUUCAGAUGACGGCAACAGAGAGACAGAUGAACGGUUGGCUGUCCUGGAGUUUGAACUACGGAAAGCAAAGGAGACCAUUCAGGCCCUCCGAGCCAACCUGACUCAGGCUGCAGAAAAUGAAGUUCCUUUGCAGGAACGGAGAAAUUACAAAUCAAGUCCUGAAAUUCAGGAGCCAAUUAAACCUCUUGAAAAAAGAGCUCUAAACUUCUUAGUCAAUGAAUUUUUAUUAAAGAACAGUUACAAGCUUACUUCAAUAACUUUUUCAGAUGAAAAUGAUGAUCAGGAUUUUGAGCUGUGGGAUGAUGUAGGACUGAACAUCCCAAAGCCUCCAGACUUGUUACAGCUCUACCGUGACUUUGGGAACCACCAAGUAACUGCAAAAGAUGUAGUGCAUAUAGCAGUUGGCACAGAAGAGGAUGAAUUGGAAGCAACUACUCCAAUCCUGGAGAACAUUCCUAUGUUUGGAACACCAGAAUCAAUAGAGCAGUUUGUAAUGAUACAGAAAUUGGAAGAUCAAAUUAAUGCAUUAAGCUCUGAGAAGUGGUCUCUGCUGGAACAGAUGCGAAGACUUGAAAGUGAAAUAGCCUAUUUAAGGAGUGAAAAAUCUGCUGUUCCAGUGACAUGUGACUCAGUCCAGUCAUCUCUAGCUCAAGUGCCUCUCACAGUCCCAGAUGAUAAUGGGAGAUAUUUAGAUAUUGACAGUUCAGCUAAUGACAGUAAACAUGGGGAAAUUGAAGAGAAAAAUAUAUUCACAGAUCCUCAACCAAGGACUCCUAAAGAGGAUAAUCUAACUUCUCUCACUAUUAAGGAGAGAGAGAAACCUCCAUCUUGUCCCCCAUCAAAUAAAGCUGCCAUGCACUUUGAUAAGCCUAAUAGGAAGCUAUCACCUGCCUUCCACCAAGCAUUGCUGUCUUUCUGUCAAAUGUCAGCAGAGAGCCGUUUGGGAUCAGAGGUGUCUCGGAUUGCCGAUAGUGAAAAAAGUGUCAUGCUAAUGCUGGGUCGUUGUUUACCGCAUAUUGUUCCUAAUGUCCUGCUUGCAAAACGAGAGGAAUUGAUACCACUAAUACUUUGUACAGCUUGUCUCCAUCCUGAACCAAAAGAGAGAGAUCAGCUUCUACAUAUAUUGUUCAACUUGAUCAAAAGGCCAGAUGAUGAGCAAAGGCAAAUGAUUCUGACUGGGUGUGUAGCAUUUGCUCGACAUGUUGGACCAACGCGUGUAGAAGCGGAACUUUUACCGCAGUGUUGGGAGCAGAUAAAUCACAAAUAUCCAGAGAGAAGGCUGUUAGUGGCAGAGUCCUGUGGAGCAUUAGCACCUUAUCUUCCUAAAGAGAUCCGUAGUUCAUUGGUACUUUCCAUGCUGCAACAGAUGCUGAUGGAAGAUAAGGCAGAUCUAGUACGAGAAGCUGUAAUUAAAAGCCUUGGUAUCAUCAUGGGCUACAUUGAUGAUCCAGACAAAUACCAGCAGGGUUUUGAACUACUACUUUCAGCUUUAGGAGAUCCCUCGGAACGAGUAGUUGGUGCAACUCAUCAGGUGUUUUUACCUGCCUAUGCUGCCUGGACUACAGAAUUGGGAAAUUUGCAGUCCCAUCUUAUACCUACAUUGCUUAGUAAAAUUGAAAAACUACUCAGGGAAGGAGAGCAUGGGCUGGAUGAACAUAAGCUCCACAUGUACCUUUCUGCUCUGCAGUCCUUGAUUCCUUCACUUUUUGCACUGGUGCUACAGAAUGCACCUUUCACAAGCAAAGCUAAGCUUCAGGGUGAAGUCCCACAGAUAGAAGUUACAAGAUUCCCAAGGCCUGUAUCGCCUCUUCAGGAUGUGGCCACUAUAAUCGGAAGCCGUGAACAAUUGUCGGUUCUGUUGCAACUCUACGAUUACCAGCUAGAACAUGAGGGUACCACAGGCUGGGAUACAUUGCUAUGGGUUGUCAAUCAAUUGUUGCCACAGCUCAUAGAAAUAGUUGGCAAAAUUAAUGUAGCCUCAACAGCCUGUGUACAUGAAUUCUCAAGGUUUUUCUGGAGGCUUUGCAGAACAUUUGGAAAAAUCUUCACAAACACAAAGGUCAAACCACAGUUUCAGGAAAUCUUAAGACUCUCUGAAGAGAACAUUGAUGCUACAGCAGGGAAUGGAGUGCUAACAAAAGCCACAGUUCCUAUCUAUGCAACAGGUGUACUUACAUGCUAUAUCCAGGAAGAAGACCGCAAGCUGUUAAUUGGAUUUUUAGAAGAUGUAAUGACUAUGCUUUCGUUAUCGCAUGCUCCUCUUGAUAGCCUGAAAGCAUCUUUUGUGGAACUAGGUGCAAACCCAGCAUACCAUGAGUUGCUGCUGACUGUAUUAUGGUAUGGUGUUGUCCACACUUCAGCACUUGUUCGAUGUACAGCUGCUAGAAUGUUUGAGCUGACUCUUCGAGGCAUGAAUGAAGCCUUAGUUGACAAGCGGGUUGCUCCGGCCCUUGUUACGUUGUCCAGUGAUCCUGAAUUUUCUGUGAGAAUAGCUACAAUUCCUGCUUUUGGUACCAUCAUGGAAACAGUCACUCAGAGAGAGCUAUUAGAGAGAGUUAAAAUGCAGUUGGCCUCUUUUCUGGAAGAUCCCCAGUACCAAGACCAACAUUCUUUACACACAGAAAUAAUAAAAACGUUUGGAAGAGUUGGACCAAAUGCUGAGCCGAGAUUUAGAGAUGAAUUUGUCAUUCCACACUUACAUAAACUUGCCUUGGUUAAUAACCAACAGUCUGCAGAUUCAAAAAGAUUGGACAUUGCUACUCAUCUCUUUGAAGCCUACAGUGCACUCUCCUGUUGUUUUAUUUCAGAAGAUUUAAUGGUCAAUCACUUUUUACCUGGACUCAGGUGUUUACGAAAUGACAUGGAAACUCUCUCACCAGAACAUGAGGUUAUAUUAAGCUCUAUGAUAAAGGAGUGUGAACAGAAAGUAGAAAAUAGGAGCGUCCAAGAACCACAAGGCUCCAUGUCAAUUGCAGCAAGCCUUGUGAGCGAAGACACAAAGACAAAGUUUCUGAAUAAAAUGGGCCAGUUGACCACCUCAGGUGCCAUGCUGGCUAAUGUAUUCCAGAGGAAGAAGUAAAUUGGAAAAGGAAGCCCCUGUAAACACUGAGAGACCUCAUUAAGACUGGUUCCUUGUACUUGAAGUACUUGCCUUUUUCUUUCCUGUCUUACGUUCUUGUAGUAUAAUUUUACUCUUAACGUACAAACAUAUUUGCACUGCUCUUGAAUAUCGCUACAUAUCUGUUAAUUUUGGGUUAAAUGUGGUUGGUUAUAAAACUAAAUUAAGUCUGUAUCAAGUCCCUGUCCUGUGUUCUUGUCUUUCCAUCAUUUUUUUAUAUACAUAUUAUAUAUAUAUAUAGUGACGGUUUUUUAUUUCCUGAUGGGUUCCCAGCUGAUAACUGUAUUAUACAUGGAGCUGUUAUGAUGGUACUUAAAAUAAUGUAAAUUUGAAGUCAGUCAUGAAGUAAUAAAAGUGGAGAAUACUUAUGUAUUUAAGUUAUAAAAGAGUAAUGCAGAAUUUUUUAAUGUUGCUAACGUGAAAGGCAAGAGUCACCAGCACUGGUCUGAUUCCUUGAUUGGUUUUUUGUAAGUAUUGUAUACUUAAAUUACAGGUGGAAAUGGAGAAUAUAAUGUAUAAAAGAACUCCUUGCACUACAAGUCUGAUAGAGGACCAGAACAUUCUAGAAACUAUGGAUAAACCAGAUUUUUUAGAUGCACCUCUCAUAUGUAUUUUGGUACUUAAUGUGUGGGAAACAGAUUAGUCUUCCUGCUAGAAAGCAUAUCCCAAUGAGCAGAGGAGGAAACAAUCUACAAUUGCAUAUUCCUAACCAUGUUGCUUGGAAGAAAGCCAUACUGAUUUGUGGGACUUAGUUCUUGGUCAGUAUACUCAGUAUUGCAGCCUUAGGACAGAUUUAAAUGUGGUGCUGCAUAUAAAAGCAUUUUCCAUAUAGAUUCUCCACACAGCUAGUGCCAUGUUUAAAAGGCACUUUCCCCAUGUACCAGCCCAUAAAUGUGCAUGCUAGGGCAAUAUCUCUCUUGGCCGCAGAUCAUCAGAAAAGCACCUUCUUAAAUGGCGUGCUGAACAUGUAGAAAGCACAUAGAUAAGUGUCUAUACCUAUGGCCAACAUCUCAUUUAAGUCAGGUCUUAGUCCUGCAGGAUUUUGAGGGGUUUGAAGGGCAGGGAUAAAAGAGCAUGUUGUACUUGAACCUCACAUACAUACCACUGCAGUGACUAAAAGCAAUAAUUUGCUUAGCCCCCAACACAGCUUCAGUAUAAGUUGUGAAUUUGUUAAAACAAUGUGACCAGUUCACAAAAUCUCCUAAACUGUUUCAGUUUAAAAUAUUUCAGAAAGCUACAAACACUACCAACCAUCAAUUCUGAUUUCUAAAACCAUUUUUAUUGUUCUGAGUGCAUCACAAUUCUUUUUUCCUCGCAACACUCUUGUAGGGUGAGGUAACCUAAGACAGACUUGUCUAAGGCCACCCAGAGUUUCACAGCUGUGUGGAGGUCUGAACUUGGACUCUAAACCCCAAUUCUGCCCAAUAUACCUAAGCCCUCAGUUCUGAAGUGUUUACAGACCUGACUGUUCACCUACCUUAUAGGUGUGUGCUUUACAGAAGCCCAAGGGACAGAUUACACAAGUAAGCAUUCCAUUAAAAUAUCUCAGUAUUGCGUAAACCCUGGGGCAGGGAAACGGGAAGGAGUGGGUUGGUCUGAGACACUUUGGCUAACUCAUUAUCUUAGUGGUGCUAAAUAUAAGUUAUUUGUCAGGUGUGUGACAGACCCAGUCCCACUGGUAUUUUAUUACAAAGGGGCAACUGUAUGGAGACUACUCUUGGUAGGAGUCCAUGUCCAAGCAAUUACAUUUAAUCCUGGCAGAUGAGGUGAUUGAAUGGAGCCUCAUCUGUUGAAUCCCCUUACAGUUUUGUUCUGAAAAAUCAGCAGAACUGCUAGUAUAAAAUGGCUGAGCCCGACACCUACAGUGAUCAUUGAAAUACUUGUAUAAAGUGCUGGCAAAAUGAGCCAACCGUGCACCAACUUUAGGCCUCCCUGAGCCAAAAAAUAUAUCAAGCUGUGGAUUAGGGUCAUUAGUAUCUUUGUCGUUUCAGUUGUUCAUCAUGUAUACUGCAAGAAAGGGCCUGUUCUGCAGAGAUCACAUCUUGCGUGUUUACAUUGUAUUGGUUCAUGUUUUCAUCAAAGCAACAAAUUGGGUCCACUCUUUCUCCACUCCAACCCCUGCACUAAUUGUGUUGCAAGUGUUCUCUUAGCAGACUGUCUAACACAUGAAAUGCUGGAGGCAUUCCUGAGGAAUUGGAAGUGGUUAAGUCUCUUGUCCUUUCCUGAAUUAAAUAAAAUGUUUUGCAUA